AUGGAGGAAAUGCAGGAGGCAAACCCUGAGAUGAUGACCUGCCGCAUUUGCUUGGAAUCUGACACAUCAGAGGGGGAUGAGCUUCUAGCCCCAUGCUUGUGCUGCGGCAGUGCCAAGUACGUGCACCGCAGCUGCUUGGACCAAUGGCGAGUGAGUGGCUUCGAUCCCAAAACCGUCACCCAUUGUGGUACUUGUAAGGCCAAAUUCAAGUUGCAGGCACCUGUUGAUGCCAAGGGUGCAGAGAGAGAAGUAUGGGGAGAGAUCGUAAAAUAUUUGGCAAUCAGAAUCGGGCUUUUCUUCACUGUCGUGACGGCGCUCGGCUUCCUGACCCCUUGGCUUCUGGGUGCCCCAGACGUGCAAAUCCUGUCGAACGUGAUCCUGAACCAUCUCACUGUGGGCACCCUAAGCACCUUUGUUUUGGCCGGAGGUUGGGCUGUUUUGCAAGCCCUUUGGUCGUUGAACCUUUGCGGGAUUCAUCCACAUGCCUGGAGCUUCGACGGCAAGGAUGCGACCUUCAUUUUACUCGUUAUCGUUGCCAUCAUUGGAGCUAUAUAUCUUCUCUACCAGCUUUGCAAAGGCUUGUGGGAAAUCGCCCAAGCAGGACAAAAUGUCGCAUCUGCAAACCUCCGGUUCCGAAAUAAAGAGAUGCGGCAGCGUGUCGUGGAGAGCGACAGAGCUGAAUUUGGUUUGAGUGAAUCCUUGGGAGCUCAGUGCCAGAACGAUCCAAAGUGCUAG